ACAUUGUGGCCCACUCGUAUCGAUCGAGCAGCGCGUCCGUCAGCGUACACGGUCUUCUCGCGGGCCGCACCCCUGCUCUCCCUUCCUUGCCUGCCACGCCCGGGCAUGUCGGAGGCCGUGGAAACGGAGCGUGCUCUUCCGCCCACUUCGAGUCAUCAGCCGGAGCUCGCCCAGGGCGAAGUUUCCGGUGGCCUCUCAGCUGCGGCCCAGGACAGCUGCCUGGCAAACAUGAAAGUCCAUUUCGGGGAACUCUUUACCCUGCUGCAGGGCAUCGCCGAGUUCGACCAGGCUUGCAGGAGUCUCGAGUCGAGGCCGCGCGAGGCCGAGUACGAUGAGGUGCAAGUCGCCGUUGCGUCCGACGCAAAACUAAAGGAGAUCUCGCUUUCUGCACCAGACUAUUCGAUCGAGGCAGGCGUCAUGACACCGAGCAGUUUACAAAUUCUGAGUGUAUUGCGAAGCGAUCUUGAAACACAGAUAACGGCCAACAAGGAGUUCUUUGGCGAUGCGCAGGACAUUUUGUGUAAGCCAAUCGGGCAGAUCUUGGAUGGCAAAUUUGACAAGUGUAGCAAGGAGGAGGGAUGGAUCCAGGAAGACAUCGGUCAAUUCAUCUUGAGAGUGUUCGAGGAUAUUCUGAAAGACAGUGGGAGCUACCGCCUCAUGAUGAACGACUUCAAGACGAAGAUCGAGCGCCUCACUGCGAAAUGUAAGAAGUGUUCAAACAAGCUAUCACAAGAUGAUCUGGUUCCAGAGCGAUUGAUUCACGAGGAAGAGCGGACCAAGUGCAUCACAGACCUCUACGACCUGCACCAUCACCGCGCCAUUGAUGCGGAGAGGCCGAGCAAUAUCCCAGAGCUCUUGAAGAACAGCCAGCGCCGUUUCGAACAGGUCUUCAAGUCGCGCACCGAGGAGAUUAAUCUCCAAGAGCGGGCGCACACACACAUGGCCAGGCAGGCGCAAGCGUCGUUGAAACAGCAGGAUAAGUACCAUUCAGAAGCGAAGGCUCGAUACUCUAACAUGGAGCAGCACUCGCAUUUGAUGGAGAAGGUGGCUGCGCAAGAAUUGCGCUCUGUCGUGACGGAUCUCCUGGCAGGCUUGGAGCGCGCAAGCAGUUUGGCGGAGACUAUCCGCACUUGUCGGGUAAAGCGCAGUAGGUGUGAACACGCGGAUGACGCAAUCGACUUGUUGAUGACGGAGGCGAAGAAUUCCCAGAAGAGACGCUUGAAAUGCCACGAGCUCGUGGCGCGCUACCGACAGGGCGCAGAGCUUCUCAACAUGUGGGCAGAAUGGUUGCGGGGCUCAUACCGCUGGAUGGAGGUCAACAUGUUGGCCAAGCGCGAGGCGCUCAAGCAGGAGCUUCCGGCCGAGAAGCUUCAGUUCGAGGCGCUGCUGCACGAGUUCUCGGAAGAUUCGCACCACAGUACCAGGAGGCAGAGUGGGCGAGGGAGGAAACGCAGUUGCAGAAACAAGACGCUGUCAAGGAGGCGCUCCGCGCGGAGCGGAUCCCCGGCAAGACGAACGAGGCCCACGAAGCCAACGCCAGAGUACGGGAGCUCGAGCAGGGCAUCCGAGAGAUCGAGACGAGGAUGA